GAGACGUUUCUGGAAUUGCGGAAGAAGACACAAAACAACAACAGCCCUGCGGCUCGGCGACGAUAGUCAGAGCACUUUAACGAUUAACGUUACCUGUCCGGUAACACACAGUACCAGCUGUUGGUGUACGGUUAGCACGGUUAGCUCGCUGUUGUGUACAGUUACUAAGAGCCAUGUCCAUGUUCGGUAAGUUGUUCGGCAGCGCGGGUAAGGGUGGCAAGGCGCCGACACCCCAGGAAGCCAUCCAGAGACUGCGAGAGACCGAGGACAUGUUAGCCAAGAAACAGGACUUUUUAGAAAAGAAAAUCGACCAGGAGCUCGUGACUGCGAAGAAGAACGGCACGAAGAACAAACGAGCGGCUCUACAGGCCUUGAAAAGGAAAAAGCGGUACGAGAAGCAGCUGGCUCAGAUCGACGGCACGUUGUCUACCAUUGAGUUCCAGAGGGAGGCGCUAGAGAACGCCAACACCAACACAGAAGUGCUCAAGAACAUGGGCUACGCCGCCAAGGCAAUGAAGGCCGCACACGAAAACAUGGACAUAGACAAAGUGGACGAUCUGAUGGCGGACAUCACAGAACAACAAGAAGUGGCUCAAGAAAUCUCAGAUGUUAUUUCCAGGCCCAUCGGUUUCGGAGAUGAGUUCGACGAGGAUGAGCUCAUGGCCGAGCUGGAGGAGCUGGAACAAGAAGAGCUGGACAAAAACCUUCUGGAAAUCGAAGGAACCGAGGACGUUCCUCUACCCAGCGUACCGUCUACAUCACUACCAUCCAGACCAGCCAAGAAGAAGGAGGAAGAAGACGAGGACGACAUGGCCGACCUCGAGGCCUGGGCGGCUAACUAAGCUAGCUUGCCCUGCUAGCUAGCUAGUGCCCCUCUCCUGUCUGUCUCUGGGCUACCAGGCUGCUCCCAGACCUCUGGAAGAGAGACAGGGACUAUGGGCUGCUGAGCUGACUGCAGGCAUGCUGCUCUCUCUUAAAGCCUACGUCCCAAUAUCUAACCACACCCCAAACCUAAAGUAUGCACUUGUGACUUCAAAUUAAAUGAACCCAGGCUUUUCUCUUCUUUUGAUUAAUGUCCCAGUCAGAUCCCUUUUGUUCCAGCUGUACACUGCUCAGUUUUCUGCAGGGCGUAGAGUAUGGAAAGCAUAUGUCAUGCCCCCAACAGCCCAAAUCAAAGUUCUCUUUUUGAGUACAUGAAUGCACACUUUGGGCAGGAGAGUGCAAGUGCAUACUUCUAGGCAAGGGUGUGAGGAGGAACAGGACGAGGAAUGUGAAGAAUCAACCGAUGCGUGGGGGAAACAGCAACAACAGAAAGACAACAUGAUUGAGCCAUUUCUCUGCUUCCUGCGUUGUCAUCUCUCUGCUCUUCUACAACGAUGACGACAACCCAUCUGCUACAUCUCAGCAGCAGCAAAAAAAUAAAAAAAGGAUUGAAAUAUGA